AUGUAUUUUGUGCUUUUAGUUGGUGGUUUCUUGGGAGUAAGGUGGGUGAUUACGAGUGUGAAUUGCUGGUAUUAUGAAAGGAAGCUGGGGAAGAAGAGGGCAAAUUUGCCUCCAGGUGAUCUUGGUUGGCCUUUCAUUGGUAACAUGUGGUCUUUCCUCAGAGCUUUCAAAUCCAGUAAUCCCGAUUCUUUCAUCUCCACCUUUAUUACCAGAUUUGGACACACUGGACUUUACAAAGUGUUGAUGUUUGGCAGUCCUAGCAUCAUUGUUACAACACCAGAAGCAUGCAGGAAAGUUUUAACAGACGAUGAAUCCUUUAAACCGGGGUGGCCUUCAUCAACUGUAGAACUUAUUGGAAAAAAAUCAUUUAUUGGCAUUUCAUAUGAAGAACACAAAAGGCUUCGAAGAUUAACUGCGGCUGCAGUAAACGGACCAGAAGUAUUAUCUCUGUACGUGAAAUAUAUUGAAGAGAUCGUAGAAAAAGGUUUGGAGAAAUGGGCAGGCUUGGGAGAGAUUGAGUUUUUGACUGAACUCAGGAAGCUUACAUUCAGGAUAAUUAUGUAUAUUUUUCUGAGUUCAGAGAGUGAGCAAGUAAUGGAGGCAUUGGAGAGAGAGUACACCAUUCUGAAUUAUGGAGUUAGAGCAAUGGCAAUCAAUGUUCCUGGAUUUGCAUACCACAAGGCACUCAAAGCACGUAAGAAGCUGGUCGCUAUUUUCCAGUCCAUGGUCGAUGAGCGAAGGGAGAGGAGAAGGAAGAAUCUGUCGAAACAUAAGAAAGACAUGAUGGAUACUCUUAUGGAUGUGGAAGAUGAGAAUGGAAGAAGAUUGACUGAUGAAGAGAUCAUUGAUGUUCUUGUAAUGUAUCUGAAUGCAGGUCACGAAUCCUCAGGGCACAUCAUUAUGUGGGCUACCCUUUUUCUGCAGAAGCAUCCUGAAAUUUUUGAUAAAGCUAAGGCAGAACAAGAGACAAUUGUGAAAAAUAAGCCACCUGGUCAAAAGGGUCUAACACUAAAGGAAGUAAGACAAAUGGAGUAUCUUUCUAAGGUAAUUGAUGAAACACUUCGUGUGGUUACAUUCUCUUUCGUGGUCUUCAGAGAGGCAAUGAAAGAUGUCGAUGUUAGCGGUUACACCAUUCCUCGUGGAUGGAAAGUUUUGGUCUGGUUUAGGAGUGUUCACCACGACACGGAAACAUAUCUUGAGCCAAAGAAGUUUGAUCCUUCCAGAUGGGAUGGAUUUACACCCAAAGCAGGAAGUUUCCUUCCUUUUGGAGGUGGAAGCAGAUUGUGUCCUGGAAAUGAUCUAGCCAAGCUUGAAAUUUCAAUUUUCCUUCACUAUUUUCUUCUUGAUUACAAGCUUGAGCGUUGCAAUACUGCUUGUCCGGUAAUGUACUUGCCACAUUGUAGGCCUAAAGAUAACUGCUUGGGAAUAAUACAAAAAACCUCUCGUAUAGUCGACAAGAAUUUACCAGAGUUCCAGGAGGCAAUGGAUGCUCAAGAAGCACUAUCACGGGAAGGCGACUAG